CUUUGGUUGGCUUAAAGGACUCGUAACUAAGCAAUUAAAUCUUAUUAAAAAAAAAGGUAUAGCUUUGGAUUUUUCAAGUGACAAUUGACAUCAAAGAGGAUAAACAAAAUAUAGUUCUAACCUAAAAGUAAAACAUUAUAUUAAAUUUAUGUUAGAAUUUGUAUGAAAUUUUGUGUAUGAACGUUAUACGUUGUAUUAAAAAUGGUGACUAUACGGUGUCGUUUCAAAUUGCGGGACAUAUAUCAAAGAGUCCGAGAUUAUUUGGUUUGGAAGUACCAACAGAUCAUUUUAACGUAUCAUUCUCUCACCUACAAUACACAUAUGAGUCGAAGUUAUGCAGUUGAUUGUCUUCUAGAACCCAUAUUUUGGUUUGUGGAUAAUUUUGCUGGGAGUUUGGGAAAGGUUUUUGUAUUUUGUGUCACAGUACUCACAAGUAGUGUAGUAGCAAUCGCCUACUGGAUUGGUUUACCCUACUGGUGGCAUCGGAAUCCCUACUUGACUGUGUUUCUUGUGAUAUUUGGUAACUGGCUGCUACUUAAUAUAGUGUUCCAUUACUAUAUGGCUGUGACAACCCCACCUGGACAUCCGCCGAAUGGUGCGAUGCUAGUGGAAGCAGCGGGCAUAUGCAAGAAGUGUAUAUCCCCAAAGCCUCCAAGGACCCACCAUUGUUCCGUUUGUGAUAAGUGCAUUCUUGCUAUGGACCACCACUGCCCAUGGCUGAACAACUGCGUUGGUUUCUUCAACGCAAGAUACUUCUACCUCUACAUGGCGUAUAUGGUUGCCGGUGUGACGUUUAUCAUCGUGUUCGGGAUUGACAUUGGAUACGUGGUCAUUUGGAUCAAUGAUCCAGACGCAGCUACAUUGAAAGAUGACCCAGAACUAAUCGGGCACCCACUACGGAUGAAUCAAAGCGGGGUUCUCGUCCCCGUAAAGGAUAUUCUUGAAUACGAUUCUGAAAACUUUCCACGAGAACACAUCUUACCAACACCCCUGAUAACCGAAGCUCAGCUCAUAUCGGCUGAUCCGUGGAAACGAAAGGCUGUAUUCUUCGUAGCCGUGGCUUGCAUCGCAGUAUUCAUUGCUUUAGGAGGACUCGUUGUAAUGCAUACGAAGAAUAUAGGCAGAGGGGAAACCAGUAUUGAAUAUCACAUAAACACCACCAUGCGGAAACAAAACUCCAACUUCCGCAAUCCAUACAAUCUCGGGAAAAAAAAGAAUUGGAGGAAAUUCUUGGGUCUAACGCAAGGAAGGACAUUCAUUAGGCAUGUCUUGUUCCCGUCAAGGCACGCUCCCACUGGUACGGGCUUGACGUGGCACGCUACGGGCGACUUGGAAGACUGGCCGUAAAUUAUUAUGCUAUUGACUUUGUGAAUUUGUAUUAUAUAGUGUGUAUUAUUUAUUGUACAGUAUCUACAUGUUUAUCUCAUUGAUAGUUGUAUUUAGUUGUAAGAAUAUAAGACAAUCUAUAUAAUUAAUACAUUGAGAUAUAAGACUUGGAAUAUGGAAAUGAAAAUAUGUAAAAUCAUGAGUAGCUAAAUACUUUCCUUGUAAACUUUUCAACACAUAAACAAUUUUGAAUACCACAUCAUAAAUAUGAUAAUAUACAAUGAAGAUAGAUUAUAAGAUUGUAAUUAGGAUUAUUUAAAUAUAUUGUACAUAAGAAUGGUGUCAAAGUGUAAAACUCUUCCGAGCCCAAUUAUUGAUCUCUUCCUUAAAGUCCAGUAAGUUGGUUCAAAAAACGGGUAUACCUGGACACUUUCGGGGAUUUUUUGAAAAUCGGUUAUAUUUAAAGAAUUUGAUGUAUUCAAACUCAAACUCAAACAUUUAUUAAUUCAAGUAGACUUCUUAUAGAAGCACUUUCGAAAUUACUGUUUUCGAAUUUCACUUUGUCACCUCGUAUUAUAGCUCUUUUUUUACUAUAUAAAUCGCUUUUCCGAGUUAUUAAACGAGGAAAAUAUCCAAGCACCUUCUAGGGAAGCAUGCUACAUCUAAGGCCAAAUCUCCGCUUACCAACAGUUAAGAUUGAAGUCAAGAACUUUCCUAUUAAUAAAAAAAUCUAUGGACAAAGUAAAAUAGAGAAAAUUUACAACAUUUUUUAUUGUAGCAAUCAAAAUUUAUAAAAUUACCCAUUUUCAAAACUCCCGGGAAAAUUUUCUUGGCAAAACUACCAGAUGACUGGACUUAUUAUGAUUAAUUAAGCGAAAUAAAACAAUUGACAAUU